UCUAGAGAACAAUGAGACCAUAAGUGUCUGAAGGGUGAAGGUUUUUGACAGGCGAUGCACUAUAGCACCAUGUGAAUGCCUUGAUGAGAAAGACCGACAUUCUGUCUCCACCUGCGAGCACUGUUUGAACGACUUUUGCUUCCUGACCCAUUUGACCUUUGACAUUAUGGCUAGCACAGAGAUGCCUAAUGUCUCUCCUGCACCCACUAAAGAAGACUCACAGGGACCCAAGAGCCUACCUGCUGCUGAUAUAGCAGUGCUAGUGGUGUAUUUCUUAUUGAUCUUGGCAGUAGGACUAUGGUCUAUGUGGAAAACCAAGAGAAGUACAGUCAACGGAUAUUUUCUAGCAGGCAAAAACAUGACCUGGUGGCCGGUGGGAACGUCCUUGUUUGCCAGUAAUGUGGGCAGUGGCCACUUCAUUGGGCUGGCAGGCUCAGGAGCUGCAGCUGGCAUUGGCCCUGUUGCAUACGAGUGGAAUGGUAUGCUGAUGGUCCUGGUUCUAGGCUGGUUCUUCCUACCCAUCUACAUUGCUUCAGGGGUGACAACUAUGCCUGAGUAUCUUCAGAGAAGAUUUGGGGGCAAAAGAAUUCAGAUAUUUAUUGCCAUCUUGUAUUUAUUUAUUUACAUCUUUACAAAAAUAUCAGUGGAUAUGUACGCUGGUGCAGUGUUCAUUCAGCAGGCUCUUGGCUGGGAUAUUUAUCUGGCUGUGGUACUUCUUCUCGUCAUCACAGCUUUCUACACAGUAGCAGGUGGCCUUGCUGCAGUCAUCUACACAGAUGCAGCUCAGACUCUGGUCAUGCUGAUGGGGGCCCUGACGCUUAUGGGCUUCAGUUUCACAGAGGUUGGGGGGUGGCAAGCUGUCUUUGAUAGAUAUAGCAGUGCCAUCCCCUCCAUUAGACCCCCAAACACCACCUGUGGGAUCCCUCGUGAAGAUGCCUUCCACCUUUUCCGUGACCCUCUGACCUCUGACCUACCCUGGCCAGGUGUGCUGCUGGGCAUGUCCAUCCCAUCCAUGUGGUACUGGUGUUCUGACCAGGUUAUAGUGCAGCGUUCCCUGGCUGCUAAGAACCUACUACAUGCUAAAGGAGGGUCUCUGCUGGCUGCCUACCUCAAGGUCCUGCCCUUUUUCAUGAUGCUUCUGCCUGGUAUGAUCAGCAGAAUACUGUAUCCAGAUGAGGUAGCAUGUGCUGACCCAGAGGCGUGUAAGAAGGUUUGUGGAAAUUCGGUGGGCUGCUCGGAUAUUGCUUAUGCCAAACUUGUCAUGGAACUCCUUCCUUCAGGACUGCGGGGUCUCAUGAUGGCUGUGUUGCUGGCUGCUCUUAUGUCUUCCCUGACCUCCAUCUUCAACAGCUCCAGCACACUCUUCACCAUGGACCUGUGGAGACACAUGCGCCGUGCCUCUGAGUGGGAGCUCAUGAUCGUGGGCAGAGUGUUUGUACUUGUAUUAGUGGUGGUGUCAGUGUUAUGGAUCCCUCUGGUUCAAGCCAGUCAGGGUGGACAGCUUUUCAUCUACAUCCAAUCUAUCAGCAUCUACCUACAGCCCCCUGUCUCUGUUGUGUUCCUGAUGGGCUGCUUCUGGAAAAGGACAAAUGAGAAGGGGGCCUUCUGGGGCUUGGUGCUGGGUCUGCUGGUUGGACUUGUACGUAUGAUUCUGGAUUUCAUCUACCCGGUACCGCAGUGCUACGAGACAGAUAGUAGACCUGAUGUCAUCAAAUACGUGCACUACCUGUAUUUCUCCAUCAUCCUCUCUUUGUUCACACUGACUGUGGUGGUGUGCAUCAGUCUGACUGCAGAAAAACCCACAGAAGAACAGAUAAGUCGCCUGACAUGGUUUACAAGGUUAGAUCCUGUGCAGAGGAGUGAAGCAGAUAAGGAAGCUGCAUUUCAUAUUCCUGACCCUGGAACGCAUGAAACAGAAAAGAGCAGCGUAAAUAUUGAGGAGUGCCCAAAAGACUCAAGUAGUAUAAACCAAAAUGGAAAGACUCCAUCUAAGCUGAAGAACAUCUUGCUCUGGCUGUGCGGAAUGAAGCAAGAAUCUGGAGGAGAAAAUGCCCCUCCAUCCCUUCCUGAUACAGUGGUAUGUUCCCUGGAGGAAGACCCACGCCUAAGGCAUGUAGUAAAUGGAAAUCUUAUUGUCUGCCUGUCUGUAGCAGUGUUUCUCAUCGCCUACUGGGCAUGAGACAAUCUUAUUGUCUGCCUGUCUGUAGCAGUGUUUCUCAUCGCCUACUGGGCAUGAGAGAUCUGAGCUCCCAAACUGCCACUUCUUAAGGUUGUGUUUGACUGGUAGUAUCAGUAGGCAAACAAUGAUAAUCCCUCAAAAUCAAGUUAACAUUUUGGAUUAUAUAUCUUUUGGUAGUUAUCAAACAACUAAUCUCUUGUAAAUCAGUUGCAUUAUUGGGUUUCUGCAAUUUCAUCUCAAUGUUUAUCACUCAUUUCGCACAUUUAUGAUCAUUCCAAAAUGGAAUAAGAUUGUUCUAAAAUGGACAAAAUGAGGUUUUGGGAGGAGAAAACUUCCAAUGAUGAGAAAAGUGCUAUGGCUAUAGUAUUUAUUUAGAAUGAGCCAUUGAGGAGUUUUUGAAUAUUACUGCAGUAACAUUUAUACUGCGGUUCAAGUGAACCUUUUUGGUUAUUUGUCUUAAGAAAUCGUCUGUUAUCCCUAAGGUUUAUUAAUAAACAUUCAUACAAAACUGACACAUCUCAAAGAGUUUAUUUUAAAUUCAAAUUUUAUUUAUUUUUCUUAUUGCCAGGCGUUUUAUUAGGUAUUUGUGUAUCAUAAAAGUUGCCAUGUAGGAAAUACAGCAGCAAUCCGUACAAUAUACUAUCUUUAUUCACUCCAUAGAACCAAGUAAGCCAUUGAAAUGCUGCUCACAUGGAAUAAAAGAGCCAAGAAAAUUUUAAGAAAAAUAAAAAUCAACAUUUAAAAGUCAUUCAGGGAUAGCAUAUCAUAGGAAAAACAGGAUUUGCAAGUCAGUAAUGAAAUGGAUGAAUGGCUGUUGCUUUUCCAACUGUUUCCUGAGUUGAACUGAACCAUUAAAAUACUCAUCCAUUUUUACUAAUUCUGUGGCUCAAGGCAAAGGUAAUGUGCUCUGAGAAGGAAAAGUAGAAAAAAAUACAUUACAGAAAGUUAUUUUUUUUAAAAAAAGGCCUGGAGACUUUAAAAACUCAAAAUUCCCACUCUAUCCCAGCCCCUCCAACAAAGCCUUUCUAGGAGUUCAGUAAUGGGUCCUUUUUAGAGGACUUCAAAACUGUGCAGCUUUUUACCUGAAAUGGCCAAGCCUAUUUUAGAAAGAGAUGAAAUUCAGACACAUAGGGAAAAGUAACCUUUCAACUGGUAGGGUUAAAUACUGUUAUGUGUCUACAAAAUUAGGCAACUCUUAUGGCCAAAUAAGAAUAUCAAUGACAUCUGUAUUUAAUAGAAGUUGAAGUAGAUAUUUUGGAAUUUUGUUUUGAUUUUGUUGUAUUGCUGUAUUUUUUGGUCCAUUAGAUCAAACCCUGUGAAGCUAUACCAUUUCAGUAUGAUUUUCUUUCAAAUAAAACAAGUGGUGAAAAAAGUGAUUGUCUAAAUCUCAAACGUAAAAUUGUAAUAUGCAUCCAAUAUUGCACCAAAGUCAAACAAUACUUGAUAUUUAGCCAUAUCCUGUAUUUCCAACACAGGCCAUUUGAACUCAAAGGUUCAGUACGCCACGCAUAUUAUAACCAUAUUCUAUAAGCCAAUUGUUGGUCUUGUAAAAAUCUCUAACACCAUCUGAGGC